AUGUCUGCAAACGAAACUGAAGGAGCUGGCGUAUCUGCGCAAAAUAAAGGAUCUUGGAGUGCUUUUUUAAAAUCCAUCGCUUCGUUCAAUGGAGAUUUAUCAUCGUUGACAGCUCCACCAUUCAUUCUGUCAUCGACAUCAUUGACUGAGUUCUCUUCAUAUUGGGCAGAACAUCCCAAUAUAUUUGUCGCACCUGCUGCAGAGAAGGACCCUCAGAAACGAGCACUUUUGGUCUUGAAAUGGUUCUUGAGCACAUUGAAACAACAAUAUGCCAGCCGAAGUGACAAAUAUGGAAAUGAGAAGAAGCCAUUGAACCCUUUCUUAGGGGAGUUGUUCCUUGGAAAGUGGGAAGAUGCUUGUGGAACGACUGAGCUUAUUUCUGAGCAGGUCAGCCAUCAUCCACCUGUUACCGCAUAUCAAAUUUCCAACAAGAGACACGGCGUAUACCUACAAGGAUACAAUGCUCAAAAGGCAUCAUUCUCUCGAACCAUUAACGUUAAACAAAUUGGGCAUGCAGUCUUCAGUAUCCCCGCUUACAACGAAACCUACCUCAUCACUCUUCCAAAUCUUCACAUUGAAGGUUUAAUCUUUGGCUCCCCAUUCGUCGAGCUCGAAGCCAAAUCGUACAUUACAAGUAGUUCAGGAUUUACAGCCAAGAUUGACUAUAGUGGCAAAGGAUGGUUAUCUGGCAAGAAGAACAGUUUCACCGCUACAUUAUACCCUACUGGUAAAGAAAAGGACACCUUAUAUACCGUAACUGGACAAUGGACCAAACAAUUUGAGAUUAGAGAAGGUGGGAAGAAGAGUGGUCUGAUAGACUCGUAUGAUGCGGAUGCAGCACCUACCACUCCACUCAUCGUUGCACCAAUCGAGGCACAAGAUCCGUUAGAAUCGCGGCGUGCGUGGUCCAAGGUCGCCGCUGGUAUCGCAGUCGGCGACAUGGAUACAACCGGUAACGAGAAGACCAAAAUCGAAGUUUCUCAGCGAGAACUUAGAUUGAAGGAAAAGAAUGAGGGAAGAACUUGGGAGAGAAGAUAUUUCACCAAGAUGGAUAGUUGUCCCAUCCUACAAACAUUGGCUCCUUGUAUCCAAUUAACAGCUGAUGAGGAUAAAACUGGUGGAAUUUGGAGAUUUGAUGAGGCCAAAGCAGCCAGAUAUGCCAAAUCGGAGCAAACUCUACAGCCUCAACAAGUUAAUGUACAAGCUCCGAUUGUUUGA